UGCUGCUGGUGUGUGGAUGUGCAGAGAUGGAAGCAGAGAAGGCGGCUGCAGAUAAGACUCGCGCUCACUGUCCCCGGGACUAAAAGCACGCAGAUUAAUCACCGUCUCCACCUCGGAUGUCGCCUGCGAUGAUCGCCGUCUCGCUCGCGGCCACCUCCCCUCCAAACGCACCCGUCCACCUCUGAGCUGUCAAUCAUAUCGCGCCGGGGAUUUGUACAUGUGAGUGCAUGGCGCGCCGGGCAGGGCGGAUCUGCUCACUGGGUGAAGAAACGCCGGUUAAUAUGGAUGAAAGGUUGAUCAUCAUCUCGUCAUUUCAAUCACUCUGAUUAGCGACACUGUCCUGUAGCGUUGCCCUGACCACAGAGCGGGGACGAUGAUGUGCGAGGUGAUGCCCACCAUCAGCGAGGGAGACUCGGCUGCUCCUCCGAGAGGAGGCACCAGCGGAGGCGGCGUCCCCAACGGCUCCGAGCAGGAGGCCAACUUCGAGCAGCUGAUGGUCAACAUGCUGGACGAGAGGGACAAGCUGCUGGAGUCCCUAAGAGAGACGCAGGAGACGCUCAUUCAGUCUCAGACUAAACUGCAGGGGGCGCUGCACGAGAGGGACGCGCUCCAGCGGCAGAUCAACGCCGCGCUGCCUCAGGAGUUUGCCACCCUGACGAAGGAGCUGAACAUAUGCCGGGAGCAGCUGCUGGAGAAAGAGGAGGAAAUAUCUGAACUGAAAGCUGAAAGGAACAACACCAGGCUGCUGUUGGAGCACCUGGAGUGUCUGGUGUCUCGUCACGAGCGCAGUCUGAGGAUGACAGUGGUGAAAAGACAGGCACCCCCGCCAUCUGGAGUUUCCAGCGAAGUGGAGGUCCUGAAAGCUCUGAAGUCGCUGUUUGAACACCACAAGGCCCUAGAUGAAAAGGUGCGCGAGAGACUUCGAGUGGCUCUGGAGAGGGUGGCCACACUGGAGGGACAGCUUUCCUCUACCACGGAAGAGUUGAACGUGGCGAGACAAAGGAAGGAGAGUGACUCAAUGGAGCGAGCAGAUGGAGCCAAACCUACAUGGAAGAGACUUCCCAACGGCUCCAUAGAUGCUCACGAUGACAGCAGCCGCUCGUCUGAACUGCAGGAGCUGUUGGAUCGGACCAAUAAGGAGCUGUCCCAGUGCCGCGAGCACUCGGCCAACAUGAACAGCCGCGUGGCCGAGCUCGAGGCGGAGCUCGCGAACGCACGCCGAGAACUGAGCCGCAGUGAGGAGCUGUCAAUCAAGCAGCAGAGGGAACAGAGAGAGAGAGAGGACAUGGAGGAAAGAAUCACGACAUUAGAGAAGCGCUACCUGGCUGCCCAGCGGGAGACCACACAUAUUCAUGAUCUCAAUGACAAACUGGAGAACGAACUGGCGACCAAGGACUCCCUGCACCGACAGAGUGAAGAAAAGGUGCGCCAGCUGCAGGACAUGCUGGAGAUGGCAGAGCAGAGACUGGCUCAGACCAUGAGGAAGGCUGAGACGCUGCCAGAGGUCGAGGCUGAGUUGGCACAGAGAGUGGCAGCGCUCUCCAAGGCUGAGGAGCGCCAUGGCAAUGUGGAGGAACGCCUCAGACAGCUGGAAUCUCAACUGGAAGAGAAGAACCAGGAGCUAGGAAGGGCUCGUCAGAGGGAGAAAAUGAACGAGGAGCACAACAAGCGUUUAUCUGACACGGUGGAUCGUCUGCUCACUGAGUCCAAUGAAAGGCUGCAACUCCAUUUGAAAGAACGCAUGGCUGCCCUGGAAGACAAGAACUCCCUCAUCCAGGACCUUGAGAACUGCCAGAAACAGCUUGAAGAAUUUCACCACACCAGGGAGCGACUCAUUGGAGAGAUUGAGAAGCUGAGAAAUGAGAUUGACCACUUGAAACGUCGCAGUGGGGUGUUUGGUGAUGGAACGCACCCUCGGUCUCAUCUGGGUAGCUCCAGCGACCUUCGCUUCUCCAUGGUGGAGGGCCAAGACGGGCACUACAGCACGACCGUGAUCAGACGUGCACAGAAGGGCAGACUGUCGGCGCUUCGAGACGACCCCAACAAGGUGUGUGCGAUGUUCGAACAGGACUACCCGUCCCUGCGAGGCAGCGUCAGCCAUCUCCUCGGCAGCGACAUCGAGGCCGAGUCGGACCUGGAGGACGACGUUAGCUCGGCCCUGCUCUCCCCCAGCGGUCAAUCGGAUGCCCAGACUCUCGCGCUCAUGUUGCAGGAGCAGCUCGAUGCUAUCAAUGAAGAGAUAAGGAUGAUCCAGGUGGAGAGAGAGUCAGCCGAGCUGCGCUCUGACGAGAUCGAGUCCCGGGUGAACAGCGGCAGCAUGGACGGACUCAAUGUGACGCUUCGCCCCCGCGCCCUGCCCACGUCAGCUACUGCCCAGUCCCUGGCAUCGUCCUCCUCCCCGCCCACCAGUGGCCACUCCACACCCAAACACCACGCACGCAGCACCAGCCACCAUCUAGGCAUCAUGACUCUGCCAAGCGACUUGAGGAAACACCGCAGAAAAGUAGCCUCUCCAGUGGAAGUGGACAAAGCUACAAUCAAGUGCGAGACGUCGCCUCCCUCGUCCCCCCGUAGUUUACGCCUGGAAACUAAUUUCGCUGUGUUCACAGGGAGUCUGGAGGACGGUCGAGGGAAGCAGAAAAAAGGCAUCAAGUCAUCUAUCGGCCGAUUGUUUGGGAAGAAGGAGAAGGGUCGAAUGGAGCAGACAGUGGGCAGAGACGGACAGACCUUACCAGCCUUAUCAGACUUUGAGAUGGGUAUCAGUGACACGAUGACUCUGGGAAAACUGGGCACUCAGGCUGAGAGGGACCGCAGGAUGAAGAAAAAACACGAGCUUCUAGAAGACGCCAGGAAAAGAGGGCUGCCAUUUGCCCAGUGGGACGGCCCCACUGUCGUCUCCUGGCUUGAGCUGUGGGUGGGUAUGCCGGCCUGGUAUGUGGCGGCAUGUCGUGCCAACGUGAAGAGCGGAGCCAUCAUGUCAGCGCUGUCGGACACAGAGAUUCAGAGGGAGAUUGGCAUCAGCAACCCUCUGCACCGGCUCAAACUCCGCUUGGCCAUUCAGGAGAUGGUUUCCCUCACCAGCCCCUCCGCACCGCUCACCUCCAGAACGUCCUCCGGAAAUGUGUGGGUGACUCAUGAAGAGAUGGAGAACCUGGCUUCCUCCACGAAAGCGGAGAAUGAGGAGGGCAGCUGGGCACAGACCCUGGCAUAUGGGGACAUGAAUCAUGAGUGGAUCGGGAACGAGUGGCUGCCCAGUCUCGGUCUGCCUCAGUACCGCUCCUACUUCAUGGAGUGUCUGGUGGACGCACGUAUGCUGGACCACUUGACCAAAAAGGACCUGAGGAGCCACCUGAAGAUGGUGGACAGCUUCCACAGGGCAAGUCUGCAGUAUGGAAUUAUGUGCUUGAAGAGACUCAAUUAUGACAGGAAAGACCUGGAGCGCAGGAGAGAGGACAGUCAACAUGACAUGAAAGACGUGUUGGUGUGGACCAACGAGCAGGUGAUCCACUGGGUCCAGUCCAUUGGUCUGAGGGAGUACAGCGGCAACCUGUUGGAGAGCGGCGUUCACGGGUCACUCAUCUCUCUGGACGAGACCUUUGACUACAGCAGCCUUGCGCUCAUCCUGCAGAUCCCUAUGCAGAACACACAGGCACGGCAGGUUCUGGACAGGGAGUUCAACAAUCUGUUAGCCUUAGGAACUGACCGUCGACUAGAGGAGAGUGGGGAUGACAAGUCUUUCAGACGCUCGCCGUCAUGGCGCAAGAGGUUUCGGGCUCGUGAGGGAGGGACGGGGCUGGGGAUGAUGGCGGGCUCCAUGGAAACGCUGCCUGCCGGCUUCCGUAUGCCGUCCAUGUCCAUGCCGCCUUCUGUGAACUUGAUGCCCAAGAAACAUCUUCAGCCUGAAGCUCCUCCCCCGGCGCCCCCGAGGCUCGACCCCUCAGCUGUGCGGACCUAUUCAUGCUAACUACUCUCUGCUUACUAACAGGAGCGCUAAUGUUAACAGUGCAUUCUCAUUACCUAUAUGGACACAUGCUUGCGGCCUUUUGAGAGUGAUAUGCCAAAUUGUGGAGAGGACAACCUGGGUGCCACUCUGGGGCGGGGAGGGAGCCAUCGCCCAGCCUCACCUCCAAACUUUCACCUCUCCUUCGGACACGUGCAAUACAGAGGCCAACUCUGACCUUUGAACUCCUGAGAGUGCUCAUCGUCUGCACUCGCUGCUGUAAACGAGACUCAGUCCGGUCUCUCCCGGUUUACCCCAGUGCUCCCAGUAGCCUUGUUGUUGUGGUGUUGUGCUCCUGCUCCCCUGGUCUCAGCUGUGGGUUCUCGUGCUGGUCCUGUUAGUCUCAGCAUGGCCAAGUCCACACCAAAUAUUGCUGCGUCAUCGCCAGAGAAAGAUUUAACGCGACAGUGAGCGGCUCUUGAUUUGGACUUGGGAAUGAUGAAUACUUGUGUAUAAAUGGCAGAUCCCACUGCACAUUGCCCCUCUACCGGUUAUGCAAGGUAUUACUCAUUUAUCGCAUCUGUACAUAAAAUGGAUGAAUUAUGUUUUUUAUAGAAAUAUUAUAUAUAUAUAUAAAUAUAUAUUGGAAAUAUAUAUGGAAAAUGAUAUAAUACCAUUGCUGUAUGAAACCCAAUGCCCUGUAUUCAAUAGUGACUGUUCUCUCUCUCUCUCUCUCUCUCUCUCACUCUCUCUCGCUGUCUCUUUCUCUUUCUUUCUCUUCCUGUGUCAGACCUUUGUGUGUCUUUUGCUGUAUGCUGUAAGUGUGUGAAUCAUUAGUGGGAGGGGGUGCGUUUCUACAAGGACUCCUCACAGGUUCAUGGGUCCAAUUUCAGACUUCUCUCUUUGCCUCGACUUCUUUCCUUUCCCUCCUCCUUCUCCGCCUUCUUCUUCUUCUUCUUCUUCUUCUUCUUCUUCUCCUCCUUCUCCUUUUUUGACACCAUGUAGCUGUUGGCUCUCCUCUUCUUUCGCCUUCUGUAUGACACUAUGUAGCCUAGAUUAGAGAGAAUCCUUUGAUAUGAAUGGGUGCGUGCGUGCGUUACGGACAAAUGAGUCCCUCUGCUCCAGACUGGUAGAACGGUUGUGUGUGAAAAGGCCGACCCCAGCCAUGUGACCACGACUCCUUUCUGUGAAUGAGUAUAAGUGUGAACACCGUAGCUCCCCCUCCGUUUACCCCUUACUUUUCUCUCAAAUAAAACUGUAAACUGCUGCUCAACAUCAGCCAACGAUAUCCACAUAAUACUGCUCAACGUGGCGGACUCGUCUCAUCCUGUCCCGUCACCUCCCUUUUAGUUGCCAUAGAGACGUGACCGUGAGCAGUUUUUGGCUGACCAACUCCUCAUCCAAUGAGAACACAGCAUAUGAACCAGUGAAGUGCUGGAUGGUUGUACAAUCUUUUUUUUAAAGAGUUUUUCCAAGGUGUCUAAAAGGUGUAAUGUGCUAUGUGGCAGCUAUGAGUACUGUGUCUUUAUUCCAGGUGUGAAACAAUGCUGACAAAUCAAGAUUUUAUUAUUUGGCUAUUUAAAAAAAAGUGUACUGUAUUUAUGACACUAUAUAGACAUAAGUAAAGCUGUUUUUCUUUUUGUUUUUUUUUUAAAUUCUG